UAGUAAAGAAAUCAAAACACGGCGGGAGUGUGCUGGGGAGCAUUGUAAUAAUAUAAACUUAGUAAACGAACCAAUUUCAACAAACUGUCAUGUGCGAGAAGAACAUAAAGGUGACACAGUGGCUGAGUAACAUAUUUGGUGACCAGCCUAUUCCACACUAUGAAGUGAACACUCGGACCACGGAAAUCCUGUACCAGUUAGCAGAGUGUAGUGAAGCUAGAUGUAGAGAUGUGGUUCUGCUGACAGAGGAUCUCGAGCAGAAAGCAGCAGAGUAUGGUACAGAAGGAAGUUAUCUUCAGGAGCUGCUGUUGGAAGGUGUUGGUCUGUCUACCAGCAGCCUGUCCAAAACAGCAUCUAGCUAUCUGAAUGCCCUGGAAGGGAGUGCCAUGGCACUCAAUACCAAGGAUACCUCAUUGGCAAGUUAUGUGGCUGCAAUGAAUGACCUUACAGCAGACAUCCUUGCAACUGAAAAGAAGAACCAAGAAAUGGAUCAUGAGCUGACUAUCCUGAGAAAAAAACUGACAUCUGCUUUGGUACUGCGCAAAAGCUUGCAAGAGGACUUGAGCAAAACUGAAGAAAACCAGGCGGUCGAGAAAGCUAGAGCUGAAAACAGGCUGCAAAAUAUGGAUUUUUUCAAAGCCAAAUCUGAAGACUUAAAAUUCAGAAUAAAGGCUGCAGAGGGUAGUAAAAAGCACCGUGGGUGCACAGUAGGAGGUCACAAAUUCCAUGUAUCUGGCACUUAUGAGUCCAUCUUUCUAAUUCCUGUGACUGGAGAAUCAGCUGUCUGCAAGCAGGAUGGAGCCCUCCUUAUCUCACCAGGCCCUACUGGAUCUUUCAGAGAAACUGGCCAAGCUGAAACAAGAGACCAUACCUAUGAAAAAGAAGCUGGAGUCCUUCCUAGACUUAACUCCAAAUCCGUCUCUUGCACAAGUUAAGAUUGAAGAAGCUAAAAGGGAACUAGCUGCCAUUGAUGCUGAACUUACAAUGAAGGUGGACAUGAUGGAAGUAGCAAUGCCCGAUCAACAUGCGAGGCAUAUGAUUUAAUGACAGAUUUUAAGAUGCUACUAUUACUUUCCAGUAUGAAUUGUAAAAGGGCAAUGAAUUGUAAGCACAUUUGUAAAUAAAUACUGAUUUAAAAACAUACCUCUCUUGACUACAUUUUUCAUAUCAAACCUGUAUGGAUACUGACGUAAUUGGUUUAUUAAUCUCUCCAUUUGAUUCUGAGUCUAAAUAUUGGAAAGUGGGUUUAUAUGACAAGUGAAAUCUCUGUGGUAUCGGGUCCAGGCUAUACCACUGCCGGCCGUGGACGGGAGUUCUCAGGGAGGCGGCGCACAAUAGGGCGAGUGCCGCCCGGGGUGGGGAGGGCUUAGGUCAGCCAGGGUGUCCUCGGCUCACCGCGCACCGCGCGUGUGUUCAUCUUCAUCUCUCCUGAGCAGGGGUUGCAGCGGUGAGCCGAGCUUAAAGUUGGGCAUUCCAAGUCUCGCACUUGGAGACCACAGUCUCCAUAGCUAGUAUAAGACUCUAGGACUCUUUCUUGGAUCUCAUCCUCUCAGAAGACUGUAUUGCUUGAUAAGCCCUCUGAAAUAUCGUUGAUAUUUUGGGUGAUAAGGUGAUUUUAUAAGUGGUAG